AUGUUUUUUUCUAUCAUAUCUUUUAUUUUAUUUUCAUCAUUAUUUAUAUUUAAUGAAUCAUGUAAAUGUGCCCCAAGAAAACCUAGUAUUAUUUUUUGUAACAAUGAUUGGACUUCUUAUGUAAAAAUCAUUGGAAAGUAUAAAGUUGAAAAUUAUGAAGAUAAUUCAAGUAAUGUUUUAAUGUUUGGGACAAAUAUUUUAUAUCAUACUGAGAAUAAUGAAGUUUUUAAAAAACCAGAAAAUUUAACUACAUUACCUAAUGUUAUUUUUACUCCACAAUCUGGAGCAACCUGUGGAAUUAUGGGAUUAGAAGUUGGAAAAGAAUAUUUACUUUCAGGAAGUUAUAACAAGGGAAUUCUUCAAAUAAAUUCAUGUAAUCAAAUGUAUGCUGAAGGUUCAUCUGAUUAUGGAGCAACACCACAAGAAUGGAGUAAUGUGCCAACAAUACAAAAAACAAUGCUUAAAAAUGGCAGUUAUAACAAUUGUACUAAUGUUGAGUAA